CUCGGGAACCUCAACCAAAGAGAGAACUAGAUGAAAAUAAGGCAAGACUUUAUUUCUGUGUCUGGACUAGCGGCUGUGAUGGUGUCAGAUUUAAGGAUGUUAUGAUGGCCCUACAGAAUGGAAUGGGACAUUGAUUUCUACAAGCAUUUUGCAUGGCUUAAAAAGGUCAACGUGCAGGGCUCAGACAACAGCGAGAGCUAUCAGGAGCGGCUGUCUCGUUUAGAAGGAGAUAAAGAUUCACUAGUUUUACAGGUGAGUGUAUUGACAGACCAGGUGGAGGCUCAGGGUGAGAAGAUUAGAGACCUGCAGAGUUCACUUAAGGAAUAUCAUCACCAGCUCAGCUGCACUGAAGAGACACUUCAACAGGAGCUUGGAAGCAAAAGUUCUCUGGAAACACAGAAGCUGGGUUUGACGGAGGAAGUGUCCUGUCUGAAAUUUAAGCUUUUGGACAUGGAGGACAAACAUGCUCAAAGCACUGAGAGGCAACAUAAAGCUGAGAGCGUAGUGAAUCUGAUUAGCGAGCUGCAGGAGCAGAUGUGUCGGAUUCGACUGGAGAUCUCCAAUAAGAUCCCAGAGAAGCCAGUGAAGAUGGACCCAAAGGAGAGUUGUGUCAGUGAGCCAGUACAGAACAGUCAGACUGAGACAAAGCCAGCGAAUCUGCUUCAAGAACUAAAAAUACUGAAGAAUCGAGUUGAGAAGUUGGAAGAGGAAAAGUCUCAGUAUGAACAGAAGCUUAAGGUGACACAGGCUGAGAUCACAAGUUUACAGCAACUUCUGAUCUGUAAAAAUGCUGAAAUUGAAAGUCUACAGGCUCAGCUGCUCUCCAGAGCUCCAGUGUCUGUGGAUAGUGCUGAGAGAGAGGAGAUUUACAAGAGGAGACUCAAUACUAAACACCAGGAACUACAGAGAGUUAAAACAGGAUUGCAAUCACUCAUUGCAGCCAAUGAUGAAAAGGACCGAAGAAUAGGAGAGUUAACUCUUCUCCUCAGCCAGUACAUGCAGAUAAAUGACAUCUUCACUUUAGUUCAAGUAUCUGGUGACAAAUCUGUUCCCAUCAGCCGUGAGGAAGGGAAAGAGAAUGGAAAUAUUAAGAUGAAAUCUUUAACACAUAAGGCUCACAGUGAGUUGACCAUCAGUAGCUCUUCUCCUCUACUGGUCUCUUCAGUUUCUUCACAGAAAGAUGCAAGAUCCAUCAGUAUGGAGGACUUGAAAGACAGCUCAACCCAAAAGGCUGUGGAUGGCAAACUGGUAGAACCUGUUCUGUCAGAAGGGGGUCAACCAGCUGACAGCAAACAUCAAACACCCACAGAAAAAGCACAGAGUCUUUUAGAGAAGAGUGAGAAGGAGACAUGUGAUACAUCAGACCAGAGGUCUCCAGAGAACAAGGAUGAGGACGUCAACCUUAGAACCACAGAGAAAAUGAAGGACACUGGCUCUUCGGAUCUUUCCUCGUUGUCGUCUAGUGCCGACUCUGGCAAGCAGUCACCUGUGUUACAGGAAAAUGUUAAAAAUACCAGCAUACGCAAACUGUGGGGAAAGAUCAAGAGGACAGGCGUACUCUCAGAUGACCUGGAGCCCACUGAGUUCAGGAGAGGAGGGUUCAGGGCCACAGCGGGGCCUCGGCUAACACGGACCCCUGAUUCAGGACGCUCAACUCGUAUGCACAUCCCAUUCUGUAAGUGGAGCACAGAGCAGGUGUGUGGUUGGCUGGAGGACAGUGGAUUGGGUCAGUAUGUCAGUUUAGCCCGUCAGUGGGUGGCUAGUGGGCAAACCCUCCUCUCCGCUACUCCACAGGAGCUUGAGAAGGAGAUUUGUAUUAAACAUCCUCUGCACAGAAAGAAACUGCAACUGGCUCUCCGAGCGUUUAGUAACAAGUCAAUGGACAAAUCUUCGGAACUGGAUCAUAUCUGGGUUACACGCUGGCUUGAUGAUAUUGGCUUGCCACAGUACAAGGACCAGUUCUAUGAGAGCAAGGUUGAUGGUCGAAUGCUACAGUAUUUGACAGUGAACGAUCUUUUGUUCCUGAAAGUUACCAGUCAACUCCAUCAUUUGAGCAUCAAAUGUGCUAUUCAUGUUCUCCACGCCAACAAGUUCAACCCAAACUGCUUGAGACGCAGACCAGGGGAUGAGAAUAAGAUGUCCCCAUCAGAGGUGGUUCAGUGGUCCAAUCAUCGAGUGAUGGAGUGGUUGAGGUCUGUGGAUUUGGCAGAAUAUGCUCCAAACCUGAGAGGCAGCGGAGUCCAUGGGGGCCUGGUUAUUCUGGAGCCUCGCUUUAACUCUGAGACAUUGGCCAUGCUCCUCAACAUUCCUCCACAGAAGACUCUUCUCAGACGCCACCUAGCCUCCAACUUCAGCACACUCAUUGGGUCCCAAGCACAGCAGGAAAAACGGGAGUUUGCCAAUGCCAGUGGGCAUGCACCCCUUACCACCACUGCCAAAGUCAGGCCAAAGAAGCUUGGCUUUACUCACUUCAGACAACUAAGAAAGCUCAGGACAGAUGAAUCAGCAGAUUAUAUCUGCCCCAUGGAAACAGGGACUCCACCGAUUCUGAAUGGGACACCAAAGCGGCCCUAUGCAAGCUUCAGGGGUAUCAGCCCUGUGUUAGACAGAGACUCAGACAGACUGCAGCAGGAGGGGUCUAAGAGUUGAUUCAUUGUCUUCUUCUUUGUGCCAAUGCAACUCAACCAGAAAAGACCAUGCAUGGACACGAAUACUGCUCCAGAAACAUUAACAUUGUAAAAAAAUGGAUUAUUAAGAAUACCAUCUGGAUUCCCUGCAUAUGACUGGCCAAUGGUUGCUUAAAAUGGAAAGAAAUGAAUAAUCUUUGGAAAGUCAAAUGCUAAAAUAUCUAUAAUUGGUAUUUCUUGUUGUAAUCAGCAAUUCCAAAUAUAUGAUUUAACAUUUUUCUUUUCUUCUCUAUUUCUUAUGCUCCUUCAUUGAACUGAUCAAUUAUUAAGUUUUACAAUUUUACUGAUUCCUGAGAAAUGGGACAAAACAUAACUAAACACAUCUAAACACAUUUCUGUAAUAAUAUACAGUUACAAAAAUAUUAAAAAAUAAAAUAAUCUUCUGAAUUGUUUGUGUGGAUAUGCGUUAUAUAUGAUUAUGAACAAAAGUAAUUUACUCGUCAUUUAUAUCCCAUGUUAUCAUAAAGAAACUACUGUAAAAGGA